AUGAUUAUGGAUUUUCUGAGCGAGAAGUUUGCCCUGAAAAACCAGCCGAGUAAAAACAGUGACUUUUACAUGGGAGCAGGAGGCACUUUGGAGCACGUUAUGGAAACUUUAGACAAUGAGACCUUUUACAGCAAAACCUCCGCCAGCAAAUGUGUGCAGGCCUUCAAUCCUCUCCAAAGGGCAGAGCAUCAUGUGAGACUGGACAGGACAUCUCCCUGUCAGGAGAAUAAUGUGAACUAUGGGAUUACUAAAGUCGAAGGACAGCCUCUUCACACAGAGUUAAACAGAGCCAUGGACAACUGUAACAGCCUCAGGAUGUCUCCAGUAAAAGGGAUGCAGGAAAAGGGAGAACUGGAUGAACUUGGCGAUAAAUGUGACAGCAAUGUGUCCAGCAGCAAGAAGAGGAGACACAGAACCACCUUUACCAGUUUGCAACUGGAAGAGCUGGAAAAAGUCUUUCAGAAAACACAUUAUCCUGAUGUGUAUGUCAGAGAACAGCUUGCUCUGAGGACAGAGCUGACUGAGGCCAGAGUCCAGGUUUGGUUUCAAAAUCGAAGAGCUAAAUGGAGAAAAAGAGAACGUUAUGGCCAAAUACAACAAGCUAAAAGCCAUUUUGCUGCCACCUAUGAUAUAUCUGUCUUACCACGGACUGACAGCUACCCACAGAUUCAAAACAAUAUGUGGGCAGGAAAUGCAACUGGUGGCUCUGUGGUUACCUCCUGCAUGUUGCCACGUGACACGUCUUCCUGCAUGACGCCAUAUUCUCACUCGCCUCGGACAGAUUCCGGUUACACGGGGUUUUCAAACCACCAGAAUCAGUUUGGCCAUGUUCCCCUCAACAAUUUUUUCACUGACUCUCUCCUCUCUGGGGCCACCAAUGGACAUGCAUUCGAAACAAAGCCAGAGUUUGAAAGGAGGUCUUCCAGCAUCGCCGUCCUUCGAAUGAAGGCCAAAGAGCACACCGCCAAUAUUUCAUGGGCCAUGUAA